AAGAUUGAUAUUUCUAUCAUUGAUGGAUCACAAGUUUUGUGGGCUCAUCUUAUAUCUGGAAUCGAGAUCAAACAAUCGCUAAAAAACACUACCUUAUAUCACGAGGCAAUCGGACAGCUCGUAGACCGUUUUCAAACCGUUUUCCGAAUGCAACGUGGACGACGCUUUAUUAUCGGCGCUGUUUGUUGUGAUAACCUUAUAGAGUUCAUAUACGCUAAUUCCGAACUUAAACUUAAACGUUCGGGCUUAUUGGAACUCAGUUUUACCAAACAGACAACAGGAAUGCAAAUGCUACUAAACAUGUUGAGUUCGAAUCAACAUCAGCUCGGCUACUCUCCACCCAAAGAUCAUGAAGCGUUGGUCGGUACUUCAGGCUUUACCUAUGAAAACGUUCUUCGACAAGCAGAUAACGGACGAGGAUCACUUGUUUUCUCCGGCUUUAUAAAUUCAAAAAAAGCCGUUCUUAAGGCCUCUAUGGAUCUCAAUAAUGAGCUGAAGAUGCUUGAGAUUCUUAAAGACUGCGAGUACAUUCCCCAAGUCAUUAACAAAGGAUUACUUUCAGAUGGCAGAAUGUUCAUUGUGACGACACCGGCUGGUGUACAUCUCGAAGCCAAAAAGCACGGUGUGAAAGGGACUUUAAAGGCUUUGCGGGAUGUUAUGAAAGCUUUAAAGUUUUCUCAUGAACAUCACAUUUAUCAUCGUGAUGUUUCAUAUUUAAAUAUCGUAUACAAAAAUCAAAGAGGCUAUCUUAUCGAUUGGGGUGUAGCAUCGAAUACUUCUGACUUAGUUAAUGCUCCAUUGACCGGAACUUAUCUAUUUUCUUCUCUUCCGGUUUUGAACUGUUUUGAAUCUGGAGUUCCUCACACAUAUUCGGUUAAUGAUGAAAUCGAAUCCUUGUUCUAUGUAUUCAUGUACAUAGCUUGUGAUGGAAUCGUGCGCUGGCGAAAGCAUUCGGAUUUGUCAACAAGUGUCGCAAUAAAAUAUAAUGUGAUGAUCUGCCCGUUUGAAUUUGGAAGGCACUUGGUCAAGUAUGCUUAUGAUUAUUCAGUAAUGACAGUCUAUAUUCGUGACGUGCUAGAUCAGUUUGUGCGACAUAUUAAUUACUCAUAAUCGAAAAGAACUUCUAUUUUUUCAAAAGAACCAAAGUAUAGAUUGUGCUACAUUUGAAAACGAUCUUUCCCAAAGUAAAAAUGAAAACACUUAAAAUCUUAAACAUUUAAAAGAUAGCAAAUUGAAUCAAAUCGUAAAGAAAAGCUGCUUCUAAAGAAAAAAG